UUUGUUUUGAGCCGAUCUGGUUUAUAGCACCGAUGGGGGAGGUGGAAUUACUAUAUAAUUGUGGCCUGGUCGCAACCAAAGGCACAGUUUGUCAUCUGCAACCAAAGCAAAAAAUUCUCAAACUUCAAAAUGUUCGCCAAAGUGAUCUUCUUCGCCAUUCUGGCAAUUGCUUGCGUCGCCGCCAAGCCCCUAGUUCCCGUGGCUUACUCUUCCCCACUGGUGGCGUCUCCAGCGCUGGCUGCCUACUCCGCUCCGCUCACUGCUGCCUACACUGCUAGCCCAUAUGCUGCCUACCCAUACACCGCCGCUGCCGCCUUCCCAUAUGCCGCCACAUAUCCCUAUGCUGCUGCCGCUGCUUUACCAUACACCUCUCUGGUGCUGUAAGUUUGCCAUCGACCGACCACAACAAAUCUGCUGAUGAUCUUUUAUCAAAAUGAUUAUUGAGUUCCCAUCAUAAUGAUUACAUCUGUUACGUCAAGCAUUGAAAGCACUUAAAAAAAAACCAAAAAAUUAUCCAGCGAAGAAGAUUCGUGCGGAACAAAAAUAUACCACCAAAAAUUGCAGAACCUGAA